UAUCGAAACAUUGAAAUUUAAAACAACAGUAAAAAAGUUUGUGAAUGUGAAUUUAUUAAAAUAUUAUUUGGGAAUCAAGGUUCACAAUUUACAAUUAACUCAAACCUAUUACUGUAGUAGUGUAGUCCAUGUUUUCAAAAUACCUGUAUAUUCCUUUUUUUAAACAAUUUAGUAUUUACUAUAUUGUUCAGUUGAAUAAAUAAAACAUUUUAUCUUAAACUUAUGUAAAUUAUGGAAAAUUCAGAAAAUCAAUCUAUCAAAGUCGGAUUGUUAGAAGAGGAAGCUCGAAAACGCAAGGAACGAUUGGCAAAUUUGAAAAAAUCUUUAGAAAAUAAAAAUGAACCAAAAAACAAUGAGGACAGCGUGGAGAAACCAUUACCAAAGCCAAGGUUUAAAAGUUAUAUUCCAGAAGAUGAAGGGCUUAAGGCUGAACUAAUACCUACCCCUCAACCAGGUGACAUUGUUGCUGAAGUCGAGGAUCAAUUAAAAGCUGGAGAAACCGUUUUUACUGUUCAGGAAUUGGAUUUAAACACAUUAGCACCAAGGAAGCCAGAUUGGGAUUUAAAAAGAGACAUAGAAAAAAGAAUGACCAAACUUGAAAGGCGGACACAAAGAGCAAUUGCCGAACUAAUACGUGAUCGAUUAAAAGGAGAACAAAAUAUAGAUUUGGCAAUGGCUGUAAAUGAAGGUGCCAGAGCAAAUGCUCAAAUUGAUAACGACGAAGAGUAGUGUUCUCUUAUUUUUUUUAUAUUUUUAUUUAAUAUAAUACUGAAAUUAAUUAAUCAAGUAAAAAUAAUUUACUUAUUUUUUAAAUAAAAUAAUGAAAUAAUUUUGUUUCAAAGAAUAAAAUGUUUUAAUAUGUUUAAUAUAUAUAAUAUAAAUAUUUAUUUAUUUAUUCAAACGGGGAUUAAUGCUCGACAGCAGUUUUAAAUAUACUUAAUAACAAGGUGCAUUUUUCAAAAUGCCGUUUGCUGGCAUGACAAAAGAGUCAAUCUUACGCCCAAGACACGCCAAUAGA